CGCUCGGAGCGCAGCGUCCGCCGCCCGCGCGAGUCGUCUUUCUGCCUUUGUGUCCCGGCCGCGCGCCCUCCCUGCAGCCCGCGCCCGGCACCCUGGAGCCGCACGGGAGCCUGCCGUCAGAGCUGCGUCCGGCGCGGCGCCCCGGAGCCCCGAGCCCGCCGCGCCGCCGCGCCCUGCGCGUGCGCUCCCGCCCCGCGCCCUGAGGGCUCCGAGUGGAGCGCCCCCGACUUCGACGCCGGCUGGAGCCGCUCGGCGCGCCCCGGAGCUGCCUGCGGUCUCCCCCUUGUCUGCCCGGAGGAUUGGGGCUCCGGCCCGCGCCCAGUCCCUCCGUCGUCCGGAGCGUGCGGAGCUGGGAGCGGCUUGGCCAUGGCCGCCAGGAGGGACUCCGUGUGGAAGUACUGCUGGGGAGUUUUGAUGGUUUUAUGCAGAACUGCGAUUUCCAGGUCGAUAGUUUUAGAGCCCAUCUAUUGGAAUUCCUCGAACUCCAAAUUUCUACCUGGACAAGGACUGGUACUAUAUCCACAGAUAGGAGACAAAUUGGAUAUUAUUUGCCCCAAAGUGGACUCUAAAACUGUUGGCCAGUAUGAAUAUUAUAAAGUUUAUAUGGUUGAUAAAGACCAGGCAGACCGAUGCACUAUUAAGAAGGAAAAUACUCCUCUUCUCAACUGUGCGAGACCUGACCAAGAUGUAAAAUUCACGAUCAAGUUUCAAGAGUUCAGCCCUAACCUCUGGGGUCUAGAAUUUCAGAAGAACAGAGAUUAUUACAUCAUAUCUACAUCAAAUGGGUCUUUGGAGGGCCUGGAUAACCAGGAGGGAGGGGUGUGCCAGACAAGAGCCAUGAAGAUCCUCAUGAAAGUUGGACAAGAUGCAAGUUCCGCUGGGUCCACCAGGCAUAAUGAUCCAACACGACGCCCAGAACUAGAAGCCGGUACAAAUGGAAGAAGUUCAACGACAAGUCCCUUUGUCAAACCAAAUCCAGGUUCUAGCACAGACGGCAGCAGCGCCGGACAUUCCGGGAACAAUAUCCUCGGUUCCGAAGUGGCCUUAUUCGCGGGGAUUGCUUCAGGAUGCAUCAUCUUCAUCGUCAUCAUCAUCACGCUGGUGGUCCUCCUGCUCAAGUACCGGCGGAGACACCGGAAACACUCGCCGCAGCACACGGCCACGCUGUCGCUCAGCACGCUGGCCACCCCGAAGCGCGGCGGUGGCAACAACGGCUCGGAGCCCAGUGACAUUAUCAUCCCGCUGCGGACUGCGGACAGUGUGUUCUGCCCCCACUACGAGAAGGUCAGCGGGGACUACGGGCACCCCGUGUACAUAGUCCAGGAGAUGCCCCCCCAGAGCCCUGCGAACAUUUACUACAAGGUCUGAGACUCGGCGGUGCCUUGGCUUUCCCGGAGGAAACGUCCUGGCCCGUGGCCGCCCGGGGAGGGUUUGAUGACCCCCUGCGCGUCGCCUGGACUGGAGCGCAGCGGGGGAGAGGGAACGCCGUUUCUCGGAAGAGCCCUGUUGAGUUGGACAGCUUCUCUAGUGUGAGCGCCCCGGCCGCGGUGGAGACAGAUGCUCGCCGGCCGCGGGGAGCCUGGGGCGCAGAGGGGGCCCCGCUGGGACUGCGGUGCUCGCCUCCCACCCCUCCACCUCCAAGCCAUGCGCUGCCGGCACUCAGGCCUGCGGGGACCCGGGGGAGACCGAGCCUCCCGGGCAGGGCAGGAGUCCCAGGCCGCCGCACCAGGACAUGCAGUCCUCUGCCUCGGGCGCUCCUGCUGCGGAGCGUCCGGACUUGACACACAGACCUCGGGCUGGGGGAGGCUUCCGAGAGGUCCAGCUUCCAGUCCUCACCACGGCACCCCUUCCCCCCAGCGCCCCUGCCCGAUCUCCGGGGCCCUGCCGUGCUUCCCGGGAGAGCCCCUCUCCCUCUGCACUCUGCAUCCCUGCUGGAACACUCACGUCUGGGGGGUCUCCUGCUCAGCGCACCUGCAGCCACGGCUACCACGGAAUGGGUAAUACACUUCUAGAAAUUGUGUUUGCUAAUAAGGCGCCCCAGGCGGGGCUGUGGGCCGCGGCGUUCGCGGAAGGGGCGGGCCGGGGAAAAGGGCUCU